AUCCCGAGAGUGCUCAAAGCUAUUCUCUUCCUCUGGCUUCAAGCCUUGACGGUAGGUACUGACGGAACCGUUCUGUUUCCUCAUUCCAGCGAGCCAUGGCGCAAUCUGGUGUUCCACAGCUAAAACGACCCGUCAAUGACGCUGCCAAACUUCAAAGUAGCUCUUCUACGGAUACAUGGUCCCAAAGUCAAAAAGUCUACCUAUGCAAGCUACGCUACGCUACGUCCUCUGCCCGAGUGCGCUGCCGUCGUCGACUUGUCAUUCAUCGCCUCAAAACUUAGGUUUCCGGUCCAGACAAUGCCCCCCGUCAACUGGGUAUCUGAUCCAAUCUUGACUAACGGCAAACGCAAGACCCAUACUUUGCAACGAAACCUUGCGCAAUCAACAACUCUUCGCCUGCAGCCCAGCACCCUCAUCCGGGCAAUCAGCUAUCCUCGGGGGCUGCUCGUCCCUGCUUCGCCUUGCCUCGCCUCAAGCUCGUCUCAUUGCUCAGGCUGCUCACCUUCUUGCCUGGCGCCACCUGCCGUCGCUCCUUGUGCCAGCCAACCGGAUCGACAAACGGCAGAUCCGCGCUGGCACUGUCUCGAGACUCGACUGUCCGGGUUCGAGACUUUGUCCACUUCCACUCUGUGUUUCUCCAAUGUUAGCGCUGACCGUGGCUCUUUCGUCGUUGUCUCCUUGCCUGUCGGACGGGAUGAGAUAAGACAUGCGUCCAAACGCCGCGCGACCAACCAGGUCACACCCAUCACCCACAACAGUCGUAUUGUCAUUAUUGUGGGGGUCUCGGGAAUCGUUGGAACUGGAGACACAACUGCCUUACUCAAUAUGCAUGGCUCAAACAACGCGAGAACCAACAGGAACGUCUCUAGCAUAGCUGCAUCGCUACCUUGCAGGAAAGUACCGUACCGCUUCGGUGACCACCACGACGCACAAGUGCCCCAGGCCGAUACUUCUCUGACGAUUUCAACCAUGGCCUGAGUUAUUGUACUCUCGUGUCACCCUCUCAUCCCAAUCCAGACGUCUUUGCCAUGUGUACACGUCUCAGGCAACCACUCGUCCAAACGAAGUUUCUCCUCACUUUCUCCUGCCAUGCAUGC